UGCUACGGCAUUCGUGGGCUCCUGUCGCCGCCCUCCGGCCUCCUCACCUCGCCUGGGCGCGCAGGGACUUGGACUCUCUUUUCCUUUUUGUGUUUGGUACAUGACCCGGAAGCCUCUGCUGGCCGUCCGCGUCAUGCAUGGCGCCGGCGCAGAGCGAGAAGGAGGCGGGAACGCCGUGAAGCAAGAGAGGUCGGCUGAGCGGAGAGGCAACCUGCAGUGGAGGAGUUCUUGCUUCCCUGCCGGUGAUGGCGCCCCCCGCUGUCUAGAGGUCUACCGCCCGCGGCGAGCAGCAGACAGUCCUCCUUCCGUUGUGUCCAACCAAGAGUUCUGGUGACUUUGAACAUGUUGGUGCCGCUAGCCAAGCUGUCCUGCCCGGCUUAUCAGUGCUUUCAUGCCUUAAAAAUUAAGAAAAAUUAUCUACCUCUAUGUGCUACAAGAUGGUCUUCAACUUCUCCUGUACCUCGAAUUACUACUCACUAUACUAUUUAUCCCCGGGAUAAGGACAAACGAUGGGAAGGAGUGAACAUGGAAAGGUUUGCAGAAGAAGCAGAUGUAGUAAUCGUAGGUGCAGGCCCUGCAGGGCUCUCUGCAGCUGUUCGUCUAAAGCAGUUGGCUGCUAAACAUGAAAAAGACAUCCGUGUGUGUCUAGUGGAGAAAGCUGCACAAAUAGGAGCUCAUACACUCUCAGGGGCUUGCCUUGAUCCAAGUGCUUUUAAAGAACUCUUCCCAGACUGGAAGGAAAAGGGGGCUCCACUUAACACUCCUGUAACAGAAGACAGAUUUGGAAUUUUGACAGAGAAAUACAGGAUUCCUGUGCCAAUUCUUCCAGGUCUUCCAAUGAACAAUCACGGCAAUUACAUUGUGCGCUUGGGACAUUUAGUAAGCUGGAUGGGAGAACAAGCAGAAGCGCUUGGUGUUGAAGUAUACCCUGGUUAUGCGGCUGCUGAGGUCCUUUUUCAUGAUGAUGGUAGUGUGAAAGGAAUUGCCACUAACGAUGUAGGGAUACAAAAGGAUGGUGCACCAAAGUUAUGGAUUAUUGAUGAAAAGAAGUGGAAACCCGGGAGAGUAGAUCACACUGUUGGCUGGCCCCUGGACAGACAUACUUAUGGAGGCUCUUUCCUUUAUCAUUUAAAUGAAGGUGAACCACUAGUAGCUCUUGGUCUUGUGGUUGGCCUAGACUAUCAAAACCCAUACCUGAGUCCAUUCAGAGAGUUCCAGAGAUGGAAACACCAUCCCAGUAUUCGGCCAACAUUGGAAGGUGGAAAAAGGAUUGCAUAUGGAGCCAGAGCUCUCAAUGAAGGUGGCUUUCAGUCUAUACCAAAACUCACCUUUCCUGGUGGUUUGCUAAUUGGUUGUAGCCCUGGUUUCCUGAAUGUUCCUAAGAUCAAAGGUACCCACACAGCAAUGAAAAGUGGAAUUUUGGCAGCAGAAUCUAUUUUUAAUCAACUAACUAGUGAAAAUCUCCAAUCAAAGACAAUAGGACUCCAUAUAACAGAAUAUGAGGACAAUUUGAAGAAAUCAUGGGUAUGGAAAGAGCUAUAUGCUGUUAGAAACAUAAGACCAUCCUGCCACGGAAUACUGGGUAUGUACGGAGGGAUGAUUUACACUGGAAUAUUUUACUGGAUAUUUAGAGGAAUGGAGCCAUGGACUCUCAAACAUAAAGGUUCUGACUCUGAUCAGCUCAAGGCAGCCAAAGACUGCACACCUAUUGAGUAUCCAAAACCUGAUGGACAGAUCAGUUUUGACCUCUUGUCUUCUGUGGCUCUGAGUGGUACUAAUCAUGAACAUGACCAGCCAGCACAUUUAACCUUAAGGGAUGACAGUAUACCUGUACAUAGAAAUCUAUCAAUAUAUGAUGGGCCCGAACAGCGAUUCUGUCCUGCAGGAGUUUAUGAAUUUGUACCUUUGGAACAAGGUGAUGGAUUUCGGUUACAGAUAAAUGCUCAGAACUGUGUGCAUUGUAAAACGUGUGAUAUUAAAGAUCCAAGUCAGAAUAUUAACUGGGUGGUACCCGAAGGUGGAGGAGGACCUGCUUACAAUGGAAUGUAAACUGAAACUAAUUUCAUUUGCAGGCAUGUUUGAUAGUCAGUGCCUUAAUAAAGUAUGGCAAGCUAACAUUAAAAUGUUUAGAGGUUAACAAGUAUCAGCAUAUCUUACAGCAUAUUAUUGAUCAGAAUGUUCACAAAAUAAUUAGAAAUAAAAAUUUUAUACUGUUUCUAAAAUUGUCCCAUAAAAA